GCGGGAAGCGGCGGCGCGGCCGUAGGCGCCCGUGUGCCGGCCGGCGGGGUGUCCGCCCGGGCCGCCGCUGUGCGGCCGGCAGCGGGGGGUGGGCGCUCCGGCCCCGCAGCGCGGCUGCUGCGGCCGCAAUAGCGCUGCCGCGGGGCUGAGGCCGCGCUGUCGGAGGUGGCGGGGGACCGGGGCUCCGGCGUCCCGUUCCCGUGCGGGAGGCUGGGAGCCUGAACGUGCCCUCGCCGUGGCCCGGUGGGGGCGCUGGGGCUGCCCCUGGGAACGCUCGCCGGUUUCCUCUGUGCCUGCACUGCGCUCUUGUUGGGCUUUUUCCCCUCCGAAAGUCUUCUGGAAGCGAUGUUGUUGAAUGUACUGUUGUCUCUCACUAGGUAUGGAUGGCACAAAGGACGAGAGAAGUAGGGCGCUCUGUGCAACUUCACAGGAAGGGCUGAAAGGCCAAGGAAAAGAAAAAAGGAAACGAAAACGCAGUAGAAGCAGAUCAUCAUCCAUCUCAUCCACAUCGUCUUCUAGCACUACAUCCACUUCUUCCUCCUCAUCGCGUUCAUCAUCAAGAUCGUCAUCUUCAAGUAGCAGAGAUUCUCCUAAGUCUAAAUCAAAGAAAAAGAAAAAAGAAAAACACAACAAAAAGAAAAGGAAAAAGGCCAACAAAAUGAAGAAAAAGAAAGAAAAGAAGAAAAAGAGAGAGAAAACAGGACCUGUCCAGCUUUCCAAGUUCUUUAAAAACAAAAAGAAAAAUGAAAACUACAGCAUGAUAACUGGAAAGAAAAUUAAGAUGCGAAUAAAGAAGACUAAGAAGGAUAUAGAGAGAGACCGGAACCGCGCAGAACUCCUUGAAUUUCUGAAUUCUGCCUUAUAAUGGGAGGAGUGCUGACCAAGGACUUGUAAAUGUACCAAGCCAACAAUCAUGCCUAGCAAAAUGCUGAAGGGAAACUCAGGGAAAAGGACGCCAAGUUUGACAAGACCAGACUCCCCUGCUGAGAAGAUAAUCGGGAUGUCCUUUUUUAAUGGCAAAAUGAAGAGAAACUGAUAACUUGUUCCAUGUCCUCCUAUUGAGAUCCUAAGGUAAUAGCCAGGCUGUGGUGUUUUAGAAGAGCCCAAGUGUGUCACUGCCAAUUAUAAGAAAUGACACGCUGAAGUCCAAUAAUGUAAUUUCUAUCUCAACUGCAUGCAGAAUGCACUCUUAAUUUCAAAUGUCUGAAUGUUUCUAGUCGUUUAAGCAAAGCAGAGUAUUUGUAAAUGUCUAUUUGAAAGAUGAGGCAUUUCUAUAUGUAUAGUUUUUUCCGGUAGUGGUUUUACUUGUCCUAAAGAGCAAGUUGACCUUUGUAAAUAGAACAUGCUUUUACAUAAAUGAUUUUUUGAUGGCUCA